CCGGUUCCGGUUGCUUUUAUCCAGUUCGCGGCAAACCCGCCUGCUGAGAGACACACCGUCAUGUCUAAACCACAGGGGAACACAUGUGAAGAGAAGACAAAAUACAAGCAAUGUUUAAUCUGCACUGAGUGCGGGAAGAGUCUGUCGUGCAAAAAGACGUUUAACCGUCACAUGAUGAUUCACAGCGGAGAGAAACCGUACACAUGCACCGAGUGUGGGACGGGUUUCAGACGACUAUCAAGACUUAAACAGCACAUGAUGAUCCACACCGGAGAGAAACCGUACUCAUGUGCCCAGUGUGGGACGAGCUUCAGACAGUUAUCCUCCCUUAAUCAACACAUGCUGGUCCACACUGGAGAGAGACCACACACGUGUGCUCAAUGCGGGGCGAGUUUCAGAAAAUCCCACCACCUUAGACGACACGCGCUGAUUCACACCGGAGAGAAACCAUUCGGAUGUACGCAGUGUGAGAAGAGUUUCAGACAGUUGUACCAACUUAAUCGACACACGAUGAUCCACACCGGAGAGAAAACACACGUAUGUACUCAGUGCGGGAAGAGUUUCAGAGACUCUCCACACCUUAAUCAACACAUGCUGGUCCACACUGGAGGGAGACCGUACACGUGUGCUCAGUGCGGGGAGAAUUUCAGACAACUAAACCAGCUUAAGCAGCACCGGCUGAUCCACACUGGAGAGAGGCCGCACAGAUGUGAUCAAUGCGACAAGACUUUCUUUUGGGCUUCACAGCUAAGGGACCAUCUUAGAGUUCAUACAAAUGAGAGGCCUUAUUCGUGUCCUGAGUGUGGGAAGCGCUUUAAACAGCAGACCGGUUUGAGACAUCAUGAGAAGAUCCACACUGGAGUGAGGGAGCACAUGUGCUCCGAGUGUGAGAAGACUUUUAUUACAGCUGGACAAUUGAAACAGCACGAGAUGAUCCACACUGGAGAGAAACCGUACACAUGCACUCAGUGUGGGCAGAGUUUCAGGCAAUCAGCUAAACUUAAACAACACAUGGUGAUCCACACUAGAAAAAGAAGUGAGCCAAAUGACACACCCAGUCCUGGGAGCAACCAUAGACUGUAAAAACGGGCAAAGAGGCAGGGUGUGGGGGGAGAAUUUUGCUUUGGGUGAAAUGCUUAACAAGUCGUUUAUGUAUUGAUCAUAAUGCAUUUAAAAACACAGAUUUAGGCGGCAGACUUAUGGCCUCACAGCAAGAAGGUCACUGGUUCAAGCCUCAGCUGGGCAAGUUGGCAUUUCUGUGUGGAGUUUGCAUGUUCUCCCCG